GCAGGAGAAAACAAAUUAAAAGUUUUUACAUGGUGCCGCUACAGCCGAGAAGUAGAUUCAGCAAUAAAGGAGGCAUAAUUACCUCUUUAAUUAACUUUUUUCCAGCUUUGCAUAAGCAGUGUCCCAGGUGCUAGGCAUUGUCAUGGAAAUAAGUAAAAGAAAAUAAGUAUGACCACAAAUUGUCAUGUUACAGCUAAUUUUCACAGCAUAGUGCCUGCAGCCUACUUGCAGCAGAAAAUUGAUGCAGAACUAAAAAGACAGAAAGUAUGAACCAGCAAGUUUGUAACUGAGGUAGUAUUUAGAGCACAUGCAAUUGUUUCCUAACUCAAGAGCCACAGGUGUGUUGGGUUCACCCACAGAGCAAUAAAAUCAUAAGGAGCAAUUAAAAGGUGGUUGUUUCUUCUCAAAAAAGUGUUUGUUUCUUCUAAACGUGGUGGAGACUGCAGCUUAUCUGGUUUUAUUUAAGGUCAUUUUUUCUGUAAUUGGUCCAAAAGCCCUGUUACUUCAAAAUCUGCACCUGAAGUAAUAAGGAUGUAUUAUAAAAUGUUAACUGUACAAUAAAUACAUUAUUUGGCUGAAAGAAUGACUACAAGUAAUGAGGGAGAAAAUGUCAAAAAUUAAGAAAAAUAUAGGGUGAUCAUUGUUACACAUACUGAACUUUACUGAUGGUUCAAUAAUUACAUUUAGCAAUAAUUUGUAUUUAUGUUAAUGUCUGGAUUGUUUUACCUUGCACUUCUUUACCUGAUUUAGGCCUCCCGGUCAAAUUGAUGACUAGGGAUUGUAUCACCCAAAGCCAAGCCGAUAGGCUUCUCCGCAACAAGUUUGUCUUUAUUAAAGGGGAUUCCAUACAACGGUUUGUCUACAAGGAUCUCGUGCUGCUCCUAGAGAAGGGUGCGUACCUGACCAUGGCUCAACUCAAGCUCAAGGGAGAGAUGAGCUUCGAGAGCGACACCCUGCUGGAGGGUAGCCUUCUAUGCGAGACAACCAACAGUGAGGACUACCGGGAGGUGCGGCAGUACUGCGGGAGCCAUAACCUGAUCCGUUUGUACUAUACCACGGAAAUCAUCUCUAAUUACACAGACAAUGUCCUAGCGGCCAUUGACAGUGGAGUGAAGCCGGACAUAAUCAUUCUCAACUCCUGUGUGUGGGACCUGUCCAGGUUCAGUCAGUCCUGGGUUCCAAAGUAUGGAGAAAAUAUCCACAAGACGAUGGCAAAGUUGAAGGAGAUCCUCCCUCCAGAAUGCAUAGUGAUGUGGAACAUGAGCAUGCCUGUAAGUGGGAAUAUUGUUGGUGGCUACUUCCAGCCUCAGGUAGGUGAAGGCCAGACCUGUUCCAUGCCUUCUCAUUCAAAGAAGUUCUUUUCUGCAGUGGCCCAUUAUGCAAAACUAAGUAAUUGUUCUGACUUUGAAUUUAGUAACUGGGGCUGCAGUAGACUUUGGCAGUAUGUGUGCUACAGCGGCAUGGUAGCAAACAGCCACAGCACGAUCAUGGUGGACAUGCACUUCCACAUCCGCCAGGCUGUGCAGUCUAUGAAGGAUGGGCCCCCAACAAUCGCUGUCGCAUAUCAGCGCAUCACCUGCCUGCUUCUUGAACAUGCUGCCCAUGUGUGGGAUGUGGAACAGUACCUGCCACACCGCUAGUUCUGUGAGCAUUGCAGGACUGUAGGGUGAUUGCUGCUAGUAUCAGUGGUAGAAGGGAGACAAUGCAAAUUCUUGUAGAAGAGAUUAGGAUGUUGGUGUUUAUAUUUUAAUGAAGGAAAUUAGUCCUAGUUGAGAUUCAGAUGAAUAUUCCCUCUGACCCUACAUUUUGACAAUGUUGCCCUCUAGCAGACCUCAGUGAACACAUGCAGCAAGCUGCCCAAGCACCUGAACUCACUGCGAAUGCCCUACCACCUGUAGGUAUGUUAAUGUUGUCAGAAUAUCUGGAGAUUUGCUGUAGGAAACUGAUAUUUCUGCUGGCUUUUAAACUUGCAUGAGAGCUAGUUAGUAUCCCAGACUUGAAGCUAUGGUGUGACCAUUGCCAGCAUUUGGUUAAGCUUACCUACCACCUUUGUGUAGCUACUUGUAUGCAUGCUGUGGAGCUUUUGUUUGGAAUGAGUGCUGAACAUAGCUCUGCUAGUGUGGGCUUCGUAGUACUUGACCAUUUUGAUUGACAUUUGUGAUCAGAGACACUUUCUCCCUCACCAGAUUACAGGUUGAGAAUGAUGCCCCAGUGCAUACCCCAACAUUUACACCCAGUGCCACUGAAUUUCAGUCAACCUCCAGCAAUGAGUCCCUAUCAAUCUGGAGGUAAAGUGUCGAACAGCGCCCUUGCUCAUACUAGUUACACAAGCUAACUUAAUAGGAUUUGCUCAGGUAAACAACUUUCCAGCAGGUACUGCUCUGUACUACCUCAAAGUUCCCCACCAGCUCUACUGUAGGCUUAAUGGGACCCAAGAAAGCAGCACAUGAAGAUGACAGUCCUAGACUCCUCCUACUCACUUGUAGAGUCCAUUACUCUUGAGUAAAGUUGCAUUUCCCAAGAGUAGGUUAAUUGAUAUAGGCAUUUAGGACUCAAGUUAUCAGUGGAAAA